AUGAGACGCACCAUUCUAAUCAACCAUCGAUCACUCAGCCUGGUCCGAUAUCGCCAUUAUGGAACCAGUCCUUCUACUCCGAACAACAAGUUAUACUCUGAUACCCUAUUGUUACCCAGGACCGACUUCCCACUACGGCGUCUGAAUUCGGAGCAGCAGAGUGAGGCUCAGCUACGCUUACGAACCACUAAAAACUUAUGGGACUGGCAGAGUAACCAACUGCAGAGACCGGUCUGGACGCUUCAUGACGGACCUCCGUAUGCCAAUGGCUCGAUUCACAUGGGUCACGCGCUCAACAAAAUCUUGAAAGAUAUCAUCAAUCGGAAUAAGUUAUUGCAUGGUUUCCGGAUCAACUAUCUGCCUGGUUUCGAUUGUCAUGGUUUGCCCCUAGAGCUGAAAGCAAUCCAACGACUUCGUACUGCCUGCCAUGAUACAGAAUCACUCGAGCCAGUUCAAGUACGCGAUGCUGCUCGGGCCACAGCGAUGGAGGGUAUCGAAUUACAAACCCAGCAAUUUGAUCGUCUAUCAAUACUGACUGAUUGGGGAAAAGCUUGGCGGACACUGGAUCAUGAUUACGAGAUCAAGCAACUCGACCUGUUUGCUCAGAUGGCCAAGAAUCGUCUGAUCUCUCGACAUAGAAAACCCGUCCAUUUCUCACCAUCAUCGGGAACCGCCCUGGCCGAAGCUGAAAUCGAAUAUCGAGACGAUCAUCUCAGUCGUUCAGUUUACGUGGCCUUCGACAUCCUAAACCCUUCACCUGCUCUACAAGCAAUCACAGAUCGAUUUGUUUUCAAUGCAAAACUGAAAGCUGCCGUAUGGACCACAACUCCAUGGACCCUGAUAGCCAAUCAGGCAGUUGCUAUUAGCAAGUCGGCGCGUUAUUCUCUCGUGAAGCUCUCGUCGGGUGACUUAUCGAAUGCGGAGGUCUUGAUAUUUGCGACUGAUCGACUUCCCGCACUUAAGAACCUUAUUGCAGAUGAAUCGUCGGAGAUGGAAGUCGUCGGCGAACUUAGUGGCGAAGAACUGGAAUUGUCCACCUAUCGCCACGAUUUUAACUCUUCGGACCUCCCAAUAUUUUGUGCAAAUCACGUGACGGUCGAAAGUGGAAGUGGACUUGUACAUACCGCGCCAUCCCAUGGCUUAGAAGAUUUUUACGCUUACACAAACUUCAUGAAAACUCAGCGCCCCUCAGAGAGUCUCAGUUUGAUCGAGGUUGUGGAUGACCAAGGGAAAUUCAAUUGCCAGGAUCCUAUAGAAUGGAGCAGAAGGUUACAUGGAAAAGCAGCACUGGCGGACGGAAAUAACGAAGUGAUUUGCAUGCUAGAAGAGCAGAAGAGAUUGAUUGGAAAGGAAGUUAAAAUUCGACAUAAAUAUCCAUAUGACUGGAGGACAAAGAAGCCCAUUCUAACCAAAAUCACGAGUCAGUGGUUUGUCGAACUUGAGAAUAUUCGUCAGGCGGCUCUCUCAAUGAUUAAACGUGUUGAUUUUCACCCUCCGACAAGCAGAACCCGCCUCGAAUCAUUUCUGAAGUCUCGCUCUGAAUGGUGCAUAUCUCGCCAGCGCCCAUGGGGAGUUCCGAUCCCAGUGUUAUACUCUGUCGAGACCGGUCUACCACUACUAACCUACGAAUCGAUCACGUGGAUCAUCGAUAUCUUAAGAGACCGGGGUACCGAUCAUUGGUGGCAAGGACCUGUUGAGGACUUUAUCCCACCUGGUACUCCCGGCCAAUUCACAAAGGGCACGGACGUAAUGGAUGUAUGGUUCGAUAGUGGCGUGUCCUGGCUGACUUCCGACGGUGCGACGGCCGAUAUGAUACUGGAAGGAUCUGACCAACACCGAGGAUGGUUUCAGUCCCAAAUGCUCACUUUUAUUGCUGCCACCCAGCCCCAUCAACGCGAUGAUCUGGUUUACAAGUCUGUUGUCACUCAUGGUUUCACGUUAGAUAAACAUGGUCGAAAGAUGAGCAAAUCAAGUGGCAACGUGCUUAGUCCACUGGAGUUAAUUGAUGGAGAUGAGACAAAAAAGCAGCCUGGAUUCGGAAUUGAUGUUCUCCGGUUUUGGACGGCCUCAGUGGACUUUACCAGAGAUGUGACGAUCGGGGUCGAUCAACUGUCACGACUCUCGGAUGUUGUUAGAAAGAUCAGAUCUACUGCUCGAUUCUUACUUGGUAACGUGUAUCGAGAUGAUGAUGUCAAGUCGAGUGAGGUUGGCCUGUCUCGCGGUGAUUUUGGGCUAAUCGAAGAAUAUAUGCUGCAUCUUCUCUAUGAGUUCCAGCAAUCAGUACAACGUGCCUACAAUGAACUUGAUUUCAAGCAGGUUGUCCAACUUAUAACCAACUUCACCACAAAAACGCUAUCGGCGUUUUAUUUUGAAACGGUGAAAGAUAUUCUCUAUAGUAAUGCUCAAGGGGACCCGGAACGUCAGCGGGUGCUCAACCUGAUGUCGAAAGUACUAGAAAUCUACAAGCUUGCUAUUGCUCCGAUCUUACCCCAUCUUGCCGAAGAAAUUGCAAUCCAUCAAACCUCCUUCGGCCGUUCUUCCUCAUCGCCGUCUGCCAGUGUUUUUGAACAAUGCUGGCCGUCGUUGUGUGAGGACUGGAAAGACUCGAAAAUUCUUAAGGAUAUGGAAUUCUUGAUUUCUAUAAGAGAUUCGAUCAUGCGUGAAGCGGAGGUCUUGAGACAAGCCAAGAAACUUCGAUCUUUAGAAGAAGUCGAAUUGGUGAUUGACAUCUCGGAUCCGAUUGGGAAAGGACGAGCGGAGAUUGUGGAGAGCUUAGUGAAACAUGACAGUUUAUUACCCCGCUUAUUCGGCUUAUCAGAUGCCUCAGUCUGUAGGACUGCUAAUGUAACCAAUACCGUCCUCAAUAUCGCCGCUCCUGCUUGGCAACAUCCAUUUGAAUUCAGGUUUGGUGAUCGUCAAGACUUGAUCAUUAAAUUAUUUAUUGUUCCGGCUUGGAGGACCAAAUGUUCCCGAUGUUGGAAGUUCACGGUAGAGGAAGGUUGUCCGGUUUGUGCUCGCUGUGCUGAAGUCUUAACAUCAUCAUCAUCGCUGUCACCACCGUAGGAUUCUCCGGCUAGAAAUGCUUUGCUUUGAUGAUCCAAUCCAUCGUUUGUUCUUCUAUUAUGAUGUCCGAUUUGAAUAAUUGAACCUCAAUCGCAUUCUGCAGAACCAAGUCCUCACUCGCCAUCAUGUACUCAUGUUUCAGUUUAAAUUCCUUAUUUCUCAUUCGUUCAAGAGGUGGCUUCUAAUGGAAACAAAGAGUAAGAGAACAGCCUGAGUAGAUAUGUAAGUUCUGAAUUUCAAAAGCAGGUGUUGAGAUCAGGGUUAGCCAGGAAGCUUUGUCCCGAUCCACCCAUUUUUC